UUACGAAUGCAAAAUGAUAAAAGCGAUAGCAAAGUUUCAAACGAUGUUCAAACGAUCCUUCGUUUUGCGGGCAUAUAAGCUUACGGUGGUAAAUAGCAUUUUUCAUUCUUCAGUCAGCUUCGAUCAUGGAGUUUGCUAUUAGCUUGUCUCUUUUCUUGCCUCUGGUCGGGUUUUCAGUGGCAUAUGAUCCAGACCAGAAACCGAUUCUGAGACAGAUUAAAAAUACAAUUGCAAUAGACGAUUUUCGGAUUCCGGACAAUACAGUAUUAAGCGGUAAGCAAUCCAACUUACGAUUUGAUGAGUCUUACACGGGGUAUGAUUGGGUCAAGUUUUUCAAGAACAUAAAGGAAACCAACAAAAUGAGACUGGACUAUACAGUUCAAUAUUUAAACAGCAAAUUCACGGGUGAUGAGUGGAUAAAAAUUUUCGAUGAUUCGGUGUUAUUUUGUGACACCUCUGAAGAUACACAAGAUGCCAGUAUUAUUAAUCUCGUACGCAUACUUCUUGGUGUUCCUGACGGAUGUCCAGUGCAAAAAGGGAAGAAAAAUACCGAGGACGUUCACUUCCCUUUAGAAGACGAAGAAAUAAUCUGGAAUAUUGACCCCCGAGGGAAGACAAUCAGAAUAUUGACCAACAUGUGGACUGAUGAUAAAAAACCUCCACAAAAGGUUUUCACUGCAGACUUUUAUCCCAUAGAGAAGGGAAAUGGAUUUAUACCUAUGGAUGAGAGUGAAUCUGACGAGUGAAGUUCCUACCGAUUCACAUCCAUUGUAUCGAUCUAUGAUCCGUUAUCUCCAGGCAAAAUGUUCGAAGCGAUUGAUAUGUACGUGUGCGAUAAGAGGAGUAUUAUAUAAAGCGAAAUCAUAUUAGAAAAAUUUCAUAGAAUAUUUUAAUUUUUUUGUUUCUCACUGAUUUAUCAGAUGAACUUUUUCUGCAACCAGGUUUCAAUAUAAUUGAUAUCUAUUUUAUGCAAUUGUUCCAAUAAAAACUCAAAACACCAA